GCGCCUAUCACGUGGGACGGUGACCAAUGAGAGGCGGAGAGGGUGACGUCGUGGCCAUGGCGGCUGCGGCUGGCCCGCGGGGAGACGUGUCCGGCGGCCCGGUGGCUGCAGUUGGCGCCCUGAACCCGCGGCCGCGACCCUAUUAGCAUUCCUGCUCAGGCCUCGCGGCGGGAAGCGUCUCGCUCAUGGCGUAUCACUCGGGGUACGGGGCCCAAGGGUCCAAGCACCGGCUCAGGGCAGCCCCAGAGCCGCCUCCGCUCUUUGAUGACACGAGUAGUGGCUACCCAGCUCAACCUGGUGCUUACCCGCUGCAGGGCUCAGAUGUGGCCUUCAAUGUCAACCACCUGCUCGGGGAUCCCAUGGCCAAUGUCGCCAUGGCCUACGGCAGCUCCAUUGCCUCCCAGGGCAAGGACAUGGUGCACAAAGAGCUUCACAGGUUUGUGUCUAUGAACAAGCUCAAACACUUCUUUGCAGUGGACACCUCCUACGUGGCUAGGAAGCUGGGCCUGCUCAUCUUUCCUUACACACACCAGAACUGGGAGGUUCAGUACAGCCGGGACAUGCCCCUGCCCCCUCGGCAGGACCUCAACGCCCCCGACCUCUACAUCCCCACGAUGGCCUUUAUCACAUAUAUCCUCCUGGCCGGGAUGGCGCUGGGAAUUCAGAAGAGGUUUUCCCCCGAGGUGCUCGGCCUGUGUGCCAGCACAGCCCUGGUGUGGGUCGUCAUCGAGGUGCUGGCCCUGCUCCUUGGCCUCUACCUGGCCACAGUCCGCAGUGACCUGGGCACCUUCCAUCUGCUUGCAUACAGUGGCUAUAAAUACGUGGGCAUGAUCCUGAGCGUGCUUACAGGAUUGCUCUUCGGCAGUGACGGCUACUACGUGGCCCUGGCCUGGACCUCAGCCGCCCUCAUGUAUUUCAUUGUGCGCUCGCUGCGGAUGACCUCCAUGGGCACUGAUGGGGUGGGGGGUCCUGCCCCCCGGCAGCGCCUCCAGCUCUACCUGACCCUGGCUGAGGCUGCCUUCCAGCCAAUGAUCAUCUACUGGCUGACCUUUCACCUGGUCCGGUGACCCAGAUGGGGUCUCCCCUCCUCCCCAAGGAAGACUACCCUGAAGAUAACGCUGAUGAUUUCUGUCCUGUAUAUUGAAGAUUUUAAUUGCUUCAGCCACAUCUGUCCCUCAUUCCUGGGAAUAAGGCCCUGGACAGGACCUUAAGAGGGUCUGAGGAGGUGGGAAGGAAUGGCCAGCCAGGGACAGGCAGACGAGGCCUUAAGGCCUGCAGCCUGGGAGGGCCAGUGGGCAGCGAGGCCACUUAUCCCAGAGCCUCAGCACUGAGCGCUGGAGUGACUGCUGCGGGGGCAACUCCGUUUUACAGAUAGACUUGACUAGGCUCCAGUUAAGUUAGCUAAGAGGAGCUAACAUCUCUUCAGCCCUCUGUUAAAGCUUGCUGUGUGUUUUACA